AUGAAUGAGAGGUCAUCUCGAUCACACACGAUUUUCCGGAUUAUCUGGAGUCGAAAGAUGCCAAUCAGAAAGAUGGACCUCUGCUGUGAGCAUCUUAAAGAGGGGGCUAACAUAAACAAAUCUUUGUCAGUAUUAGGAAAUGUGAUAAGGCAACUAAGCGAGGGGAAGGAGUUUAUCAGUUAUCGCGAUUCGAAAUUGACUAGACUGCUCUCACAGGCUCUUGGCAGUAAUGCCAAAUCAUUGAUUAUCGGGAAUGUUACUUUAGCUGCAGAGGAGGAGACUAGAUCUACACUAGAAUUCGCCCAAAGCACUAAAACUGUCAAAAUAAACCGAAAGCAAACAUCUUGUCAGCUACAGAAGAGGCACUUCAAGGAUAUCAGAACUUGA